GCUUUGGAAUAAGGUCUCUCCGGCUUUUCCCUACCUCGACGACGUCCGUUCUGGCGCCGACGAUGGCAAAGUGAGAGUUAGUUCUGCCAGAUCUGAAGGUUCUCUCCAGAUCUUUGCAGUUGGUGUGUCAAUCAGGAGUUGCAGUUGGCUGUCCUUUGUUGUGGCGAUUUCGACCUCUUCUUUCGAUCUAUUCUGCGACAAGAUCCGGUUUCUUCAACCCUCUAUUUUGGUGGUGAAGGAUUGCAAGCUUGUGUUGCUUGGGGUGUUCCCCCAGCCGAUGUUCUUUCAGCGGUUGCUAGAUCUCGUUGCAAGCAGCGAGUGGUUUUUGCGGUCUUCAAAGGCUUGUGUGGCGAUGGCGUUUGCAGAUGUCCCUUUCCCUUACUGCCUUUUUAGUGUGAUUUUCAAGCUCCGGUGGACGACGAACAAUCGGAUGAAGAAGACGACCAGAGAACUCUUCGGUUUAUGGGAAGAUCUUAAAAUGGCUUGUCAAGAUAUUAUUCUCCUAGCAAAGAAUCUAUCGAGCCUUACAGAAGACUCCUAUGAAAAGCUGGUUGGAAGAGAGAGGGGAUCAACUGAUGGUCAGCCCAAUGGAGCUACUGUGACCAGCUCAAAACCCCAGAGCUUAGUUCAAUCAGAUGCGUUGGUACCCUCAACCUCACAGGGCAACCAAUUGGAUCAACCAGGACCUUCGGAUCUCUCUGAUGUUCAUAGUACCUGCAACCAAUGUGGCAAAGAAGCAAGAGGUGGGAGCAUUCUCAAAUGCAGUAGGUGCAUGCUGUCUUGCCACAUUUCAUGUAUUGAGCCUCAUGAUCCAUCCAUUUCAACUGGAAGCUGGUGUUGUAAAAACUGCAGCACUACAUGUAUUGAACCAAUUGAAGGUGACAUGGUCUUAGCCAAUUACGGUCCAAAUUGCUUGCAUGGAAAUUGUGUUGUCUGCGAUAGGCUUGAGGUGUGCAGGUCUCCAGAAUCUGAAGAUGCACCUAAUGAUAACUCAAGAGCAAAUGGUCAUUUCCAGUGUGAACUCUGUUGAUGACCCAGAACAGACAGAGAUUGAUACAGGUGGCUCAUGCAAGAUAUGUGGAAAACCUGAAGAGGAUGACAAGAGGUUCUUGAUAUGCAGCCACAUCCACUGUCUAUACAAGUACUACCA